AAUCGCAGCUAACUUUGCUUUGCAUCUCAUUUCACUGUCAAAACGAACAAAAUUGUAUUACUGAAAUUCAAGUCUCCAGUGUAAGUCCUAUUUGUUAGUAACCUGGAACCAUGGCUAGCUUGUACAACGAACUGAAGGCCGAAUGGAGCAAACACGCACCGAAUCUGACCCACUGCGCCCGUUUACUGGACGGAUUCAAGCUGGAACUGGUAAAAUCCGACUUUGGAACACCCCACCCGGCGUCGAGUUCCAAGCAAAAGGAUCAGUUGAUGCGGUCCCGGGAAAUGCUGGAGAUUGCUGUUGAGCACAGCAUCACGAUCAAGGACUAUGCAGCUUUCGAGCGGUACAUGUCGCAGUUGAAUACCUACUACUACGACUACGACAAGUUCCUGGACUCUUCGAAGCACAUGCACAAGUUCAUGGGAUUGAAUUUGCUCUACAUGCUGGCCACGAAUCGCAUUGCCGACUUUCACAUUGAACUGGAGCGGUUGCCGUCGGCUCUUCUGCUGCACAAUGCUUUCAUUAUGCCCGUCUUGGCCCUGGAGAACUACUACAUGGAGGGCAGAUACAACAAGAUACUGCAGGCCAAGAAGUCCCUGCCGUCGGAGAUAUACACCAACUUCAUGGACAUCCUGGUGAAUACGGCACGUGAGGAGAUCGCUUCCUGCAUGGAGAAGUCAUACCUGAAGAUAGAUCCCAAGCAGGCGGCUCUACGCUUGGGUCUUCGUCCAACUAGCAAGGAGUUCACCGAUCUGGUCAAGAAACGCCAUUGGGCCUUGGAUGACGAGGGGAACUACGACUACGCCGGACUCCACACCAAGCCGGUGGAAAAUGUCUCAGCCCGGGAUAUAGCCACUCAAAAUCUAACCUACGCCCAUGAGCUGGAGAAAAUUGUUUAACAUACAUAUCCAUAUUUGUUUCGAGUUCGAUUGUUGGCCUUUAAUCCACUCAUCCAGAAAAUAAUGUUCGGAACUUAUGCAUUGCAUCUAGCCAUCAAAAAAUAUCGAACCGGAAAUUUGUCAGAUUAAAUUUUUCACACUUUUCAACAUUUA